AUGAGGUGGCUUCAGUGGACCCUGGAAGAAGCAGCAGAUGUGGAAGCGGGCUCCCCCUCCAGCCAGUCCUUGACCGAGAUCAGCCAGUGUCCCCGAAGCGUCUGGUCAUGUGACCGCGGAAGAGCUCUUCCUGGUUGGAUGCGGGCGGGGCGGGGGGGAAUGGCUGACAUCCCUGUGAGUCCUGGGAUUACUCCCGCCGGACCGAGAAUGGGACCCGGUCCGGCAGAAGGCGCCGACGCUCUUUUCGUGGCCCUGAGCGCUGGUUUCACGGUCCUCAGCCACCCGCUGCUCUACGUGAAGCUUCUGGUGCAGGUUGGGCAUGAGCCUCUACCUCCAACUGUUGGGAGAAAUUUACUGGGGAGGAAAGUAUUUUACCUUCCUGGAUUUUUUACAUAUGCCAGGCACAUUGUGGAAGUGGAUGGGAAAAUGGGUCUUUUCCGUGGUCUUUCUCCUCGUAUCAUCUCUAGUGUUUUAUCUACCAUAAACCGAGAACAAGUGAAGAAGGCCUUCCCUGUAGAAGAUAUGGAGCAUGUUUCCAAUAAGGAUGAUAUGAAGACAUCUCUCAGGAAAGUGACAAAAGAGACUUGCCAUGAGAUGACGAUGCAAUGUGUAUCCCGAAUUAUUUCUCAUCCACUUCAUGUAAUAUCUAUGCGCUGUAUGGUCCAGUUCGUAGGACGAGAAGUUAAGUACAGCAAUAUAUUUAGUUCAGUCAAGACAAUUUGGAAAGAAGAAGGACUCUUGGGAUUCUUUGUAGGUUUAGUUCCUCAUGUCCUAGGUGAUCUUAUUUUUCUGUGGUGUUGCAACCUUCUGGCUCAUUUUAUCAACACUUAUGCUGUGGAUGACAAUUUCAACCAAGCUUCUGUCAUUCGGAGCUACACUAAAUUUGUGAUGGGGAUUGCCGUGAGCAUGUUGACAUACCCUUUUCUUCUUGUGGGUGAUCUCAUGGCAGUGAACAACUGUGGGUUACUUGCAGGGCUCCCUCCAUAUGCCCCUGUGUUUUCUUCUUGGAUUCAUUGUUGGAGACACCUUAGUGCUCAGGGGCAGCUCUUCAGAGGUUCCAGUCUACUUUUUCGUAGAGCAUCUACACCAACAACUUUUUUCAUUGACUAAUUUCAUUUGGCAGACAGAAGCAAACUUAGAUCCUUGUAGAAGAGACUCUAAAACAGUUUGUUUUUACCAUUCUUUUUCAUUUGUAAAAUAGAAGGUUUUCAGCAGUAAGAACAGCUCAUUUCAGUAAGCUUGACAACAAACAGUUCAGAUAUUUCUGGCCAGAUCUUGCCUGCCAAACGAAGGGGAUAGUGCUGGUCAGGCCUUGGAUCAAAGGGGCAGCCCAAAUAAUAACUUUUCAGGUUUUCAGGCAUAGUCAUGGCUUUGCAGGAUAUAAGAAGCUGAUUUAUAUUUUCCCUUAAAUAAGAUUUAAGAUGGAAUGCAUAUUCCCCCCUUUAGUACCAUUAGAGAAAACAGCUUAAACUUUAUCUCUUUAUCAGUUUUGGGUUUUGCCAUGUUAUUAGUCUAUAUAUUAAAUCCAACUAAUGUUGGAAUACCUUUCAUUCCUAACAUUUAGCAAAACCACAAAAACUCUUAAUAGUGAAUUUUUUAAUCAUGACGUGUAUAAACCUGAUUGUUUAGUUUUUAUAAUAUCUCUAGGCAGCUUAUUUUGCAUUAUCUAUUUUUUUAAGUUAAAUAUUUGACAAAGGCACUUCUUAAGUGGGACCUUAAACCCUAGGGUAGAAUGGAUUAUAUACAUGGAUCUAUCCAAAAAAAAAUUAUUUUUAUUUUUUAUUUAGUAUUGAUUACAACUUUAAGCUUGAUACAGGUAGUUCUCGACCACAAUUGAGACUAGAAUUUUCGUUGCUAAGCAAGGAAGUUAUUAAUUGAGUCAUGCCCAGGAUCUUUUUGCCAUGGUUGUUAAGUGAAUCAUACAGUUGUUAAACAAAUUCAGCUUUCCCUAUUGACUUUUCUUGUUGGAAGCCAGCUGGGAUGGUUGUACAUGGCAAUCACAUGAUACCAAAACUGGUUGCCAAGUCUCUGAAUUUUGAUCACCUGACCAUGGGAUGCUGUGACAGUUAUAAGUGUGAGGACCAGUCAUAACACCUUUUUCAGUGCUGCUGUAACUUUGAACAGUCACUAAACGAAUGUUUGUAAAUCAAGAAAUACUGUAUGUUGUGAUUUAGGAAGAAUUCUGUGAUAAUGAAAACUGGGCUGCAGAGCCCUUAGUACAAGAAAAUGUUGUGUAUGUAUGAUAGUUGAGUUGUGGUAGUUCUCAUGUCAUACAGAGACAUUCCAAAUGUCAGACAGAAGGAUUUUUGAUAUUAAGAUUCAAUACAGCUGCAAAGAUAAUACAUCUGACAAUAACAAUUAUCAUACCUAUAAGUCAGGAUUUUGGGGUGAUUUCUGACCAAAGUAAAGUAGUAAGAGCCAAGAAAAGGACUUUGCUGAAUACCAUGAGCAGUAUUUCUCCAUGUUGUAUAAAUAUGAAAUAAUGUUGCACUACAUUACUGAUUUUAUUUUUAAUAAAUGCUUGGCUGGAUAGGGAUGUCUCCUGCAGGUAACUUAUUCCAGCUAAGCAGCAUUUAUAAUGUGAACACUUAACUCAUUAGAUCAUAGUUAGCUUUUCUAGUAUUUACUUCAGACUGUAAGUUUACUGAUUCAAAAUUCACUAAGUUAAGUUGGAAUGACUUUUAGACAAACCGCUACAGGAUUGCACUGUUCAGAUAGUUUUUACUGCUUAGCUUUUCCUAAUGUUUAAACAUUUAAAUGUUUAACAUUUAAACAACUUGGCCUUACUUACAAUUCCUACAAUCAAAUUACUAAUUAUAUUACUUUUCGCUACAAGGAGAUUUGUCAAUUAAUGUGAGUCCCACUUUUAGCAGCUUUGCAAAUAGCAUAGUAAAUUUAUAUUUCUGGUGAAGGAAUAUCUUUUUUAUCAAUUAAAUAUUCUUGCCUGCUGACAAAUUGUCAUAUUCAAAUUACUUACUCAUGUGAAUAGUCUUAAAUAGAGCCAAAGGAAGACUGUGUACUGUAAAUGAAAGUGAGAAUUCAUGUGGCUUCAGUUCUGAAUUUUAUACAGUUAAAUCAUGCAUAUCACAAAGGUAAGAAAAAGCUAUUUUCAAAUUGCAGUCAUGCAGAAGAUACCACAAAGGGAAUAUGGGAAAUAUGCUGCUUUGUCUUUUUGGUCCUAUUAUUAAAAACCUCAAUUGAUGUUGGUCAUCAGGAAGCUUGACUAAAGAAUGAAAAUGUAACAUUGGGAUUCUGAAGUACACUAAUUCACUGUGCAAUAUUAAUACUGAAAAUGCUGCUUAGCAAGCUGUAUUCCAGCUUUAUCUAUACACAGAAGAAAGUCUUGUUUCCAUUUAGUGUUGCUGUAAAUAGAGCCGGUGAUUCCAUCCCACUUAACUUUGGUGAUAGGUUUUAUGUUUUCUGCAUGUGUGUAUGUAUUACUCAGUAAUUCCCAAAUGGAUCUGAGCUGGCUUCAGGAAAAGUGCUUUCUGGGUCAGGAGCCAAGUGCAUUAAUUUUGUAACUUUCAUACAGUGAAGUAUGGUAUGUCUAUUUUGUCAUUGUUUUUCUUGGUUUUUUCUUUUAACCCAGAAAGAAAAAAUGUUCACAAUCUCUCACUUCAGAAAAGUUGUAGGAAUUCUUUAAAAGGGAUGAAAUUUGUCUUCCAAAUAUAGUGGCCCAGAAAUUUUAUUUUAUCAUCAUGAUCUUUUGAACUGAUAUAUUUGUCCUGAUGAUUUGGAGAUCACAUCUGAAAAACAUAUUGUGUAAGCAUUCGGCACAAUUAAGUGGGGAACGGUUUUUAUGGAUUCUAGAAAUGCAGGUGCUUCCAUGGCUUCUGAUCUUUGCCAAAAUUUUAAAGUUGUUUAUGUCAACAUAAAUGUACAGUUACAGCAAAUUAAUUCAAAGCUUACUUGACAUCUGUUUGAAAAUAAAGUAUGAAAAUGACCUCAACUUAAUAUUGCUUGUUAAUAUAAAUAAGUAAAUUAAUUUAAAUCUUAUUUGACAUUUGAAAAAUAAAAUGUGAAAAUUA